UCAGGCCACGCCCAGAUCCCGGUCCGGUCUCGCGAGCGCGUGAGGCUCGCUGCGCGGCCGCGGGCGCCCUGCGCGGCAUGGCCCCCUGGGUGUUCUGUAAUCGCUGCUUCCAGCCGCCCCACAGGGCGUUGGGCUUCAGCCUGACCAGCUGCGGCCACGUGUACUGCGACGUCUGCCUGCGCAGCGGCAAAAGGGAUGAAUGCCUGAUUUGUCAAGUUCCAUGUCGUACAGUUCUCCUUUCAAAACAUACCGACUCCGACAUCCAGGCCUUCUUCGGGGGCAUAGACGGCCUGUGUAGGAAGUACGCCCGCGACACCUCCCAGGUUCUGGAAUUUCAAGACAAACACAGGAGGAGAUUGUUCGCCUUCUACGCAGAGAAGAUUUCCUCGUUGGAGGAGUCGCUCAGGGAGUCAGCGCUGCAAGUGGAGCAGCUGAGCAGGGUGAGGUGGUCACAGCAAGCUGCUUUCAGCACCAUCAAAGAUCUGGUUUCAACUCCCGCAGCACAGCCUUCGUGCCUGCCUCCCGACGCGUCAGCCUCUGAAAGGGUGGAGUCCAUGGAGGUUGACCUCAGUCCAUCCCCGAGGAGGAAGAAGCUCACCGGGCCGAGGGGCAGGACCCCUGCCCGAGGCCGCCUUCCGCCGGAACCGCCUCCACUGCCUCCCGCUGACUGUCUUCUCUUCGCGCCGCAGCCCGAGGGAGCCGCCGGCCCCGCCAGGAUGUCUCUCCUCAGCCCCCCGCGGGACGGGCGCAUGGGCAGCGUCGCCCGCCGCCCUCAGCACCUCGGCCUGCCGCCCCGGCACCCCUGGCAGCCCCAGGCACUCAGGGUUCCAGGCCUGCAGACGCCCAGCGAGAGCCCAGCCCCGCAAGCAGCAGGCAGAGCCGGGACAGGGGCCGCGCCCAGGCAGCCCCUCAGCAUCUCGGGGCUGCUGCAGAGGCGGCGUUAGGUGGAAUCACGCCAUGCGGGGCUCUCCUGGACGGACUUCGCUCUCACUUAAUACGAUAGUUUCUGGGUCCUCCGUGUUGCCGCAAAUGCCGCUAUUUCGUGCGUUGCGUGGCUGAGUGUGUGCCACGUCCUCUGAGUGCUUCCCGAGCUCUCCGCUGCUGGGGCAGAGCCCAGCCUCUGUCCCACAGGUCUGCCGGCCUCCGGGGACUUGCACGCGACAGACGAGCCGGCUCCCGCCCCGCGUCUGCAGCCAGCGCACCGACGCGCCCGCACCACACCCCACGGGACGGCACCUUUUCUGGACGGAGCGACACAGCAGGACGACGGAAUAAAGGGUUUUUCUGACUCGGGCCACGGUCUGUGCCGUUCGUGUUUGCACUUUGAGCCUCUGCAGACGCAGCACGCGUCCUCAGGUGCGAGCACCCCCUUCUGCCGCAGACCCACCCCUGGCAGGAGGUGUGGCGUCUGGCCUGAGGCUCCUCUGUGCCCAGCGCAGGGCCGGUGUGACUUCUGCUGCAGGCGGUGUGCGCCCUCCUCAGCCCAGUGUCGGGCACGGCCGGUUGGUUGCAAAGAGGUGGAUUUAAUCCUUUAGGUCACAGUUACCGAAAGCUUGUGCCGGAACCCCCGUGUCCCCUCACCUGGGUCACCAGUAGGAGGCAGAGGCUGCGCGGCUGAGGCGGGUUGCACCUCUCGUAGGCAGCGCCAGGGUCCCACGCCCAGGGCUCCCCUGUCCUCUCUGAGGGCGCCAUCCCAUCUGUGAGAAGGAGUCGGUGCCAGAAAACACUCGUGUCUUGAAAGCCCUGACUGUGCGGUGCCCCUCUGUGCGUGUCCUGCAGGGUGAGCACCACGACCCCAAAGACGAAGACCCCGGACUUGUGCAGAGGGGCCCGCACUGCAACCGGGGCCGAGUGCAGCCGUGGCUCCUUUCCAGCCCCUCGUGCGCCCUGCGGGCGGAGCCCUGGCUCCGGGGGUUUGGGACCCGCCUCUUCAUCGCCGGUUCUAAAGCCUCACCCUCCACGGCCUCACCUCGCUUUCCAAACAAAGCUCUGUGUCUGUUUUGGCCUCUCCUUCUUCACUCUUGUCUUCAAGCCUCAGCCUGGGGUCUGGCAGCGCGUGAGCCACCUGCUCCUUCAGCUCAGGUGGCCGCUUUUGUUUUUAUUUUUCAGGUAUUCUCAUUAGAAAGGCGAAAUUAAAUGAGACACCCAAAUAGCAGUGUGAGCCUAGACUGAUAGACUGAGGCGCCGUCACAGCCGGGCUCCUGAUGUCAUCCCCUGGUGGCCGCGUUGGUGGAUGACGGGGGUGUGAGCUGUAGGAAAGCGGGCAGCUGGGAAGCCCAGGCCAGUGGCGGGGUGAGGGGUCGUCGCAGGGUCGUGUGAAGGGCAGGGCACAGCACCGGUGGCCUCACUGGGUUCUGGGCCCUGUGUGUCCUGGUGGCUCAGGCUGGGCUGUCCUGCCUGGUGGCCAGUGGUCUGGAGGUGGCCGUGUGCUAGGUUCUGGCACACACAUGGCAGCCACGCCCUGGGCCUCUUGGACUUCAGUGUCUCAUCUACCAUGUGGAGCUUAAACUCAACGGUCCCACCCACGCGUGUCACACAAGGGUACACAGCGGCGCCUUGGCACCUGUAGCCGCGUGACUGCCGUCCAGACUCACCAUCCAGGUUUUCCAGUCCUGCAGCCGCUGUGCCGUCGUGCCCCAGGGCCGGCCCCAGGGGACACGGGAGGCCCUGAGCGCAGGCUGCCCUGGAGGGCACAGUGGCCGUCCGAGCAGGGCCUGGUGUGGCCGAGAACGUGGCCCACGUAGUCCUCCCACAGCAACAGGGAAGUGUAGGUGUUUCUACCGGUGGCUUUUGGGGGACGUCUGAGUUUUAAGGAAAAACAUCUCCGAGACUAAAGUGAGCGUGGGCCUUGAGAAAGCUCGGAAGGGACCUGGAGGAAGCCAGGCCUGUCUGGUGGGCGGCUGGGGCCCCGUCCAUGAGGUGUUGCUCAGGAAAUAAUGAGUCUCCUUCGAAGUGGCCAGCGUCCGUUUCCUUCGAGGCGUUUGCCGUUAAUGCAGGUAGAAAGGCAGCAGGCUUUGGGCUUUGUCUACGGCUGGCCUCGGGCCACGACAGCACAGGUCUCAGGCCACGCUCGGCGCAGCCCCGCGAGGCUCUGUCCCGGGCGCAGCGAGCCUGCCGCCACGGGGUUCCCAUCCCCAGGGGUCACCUCCCAGCCUCCAGCUGCGGUUGGCACCACAGGCCUGUCUUUUAUCCCACUGAUGUAAUACCAUCUGUUUAACGACCAUCCAUGGGGGGCGGACGCUGAGGAAGUGCAGGAACAGUGCAUCUACCGCCACAGCUUUUCUCUGCCCCUCCUCCUCCUUUGAUUACAAGGUGGUACAAUUCAAGCCCCAGGACCGAGCGAGUGGGAGGCGCAUCCCUCGUGCAGCCCCCCAGGUGCCCGGACGGAGCCCGGCUCAGGCUGGCACUUCCCAUCUUCCAGAUGUGUCCUGCCUCAGAAACCGGAUCAUUUGUCAUAGAUUUAAUUAAAAAGGGUCACACUGAAACCAUAAAAAAACCAAAAAGACAACUUACAAAAUGGGAGAAAACAGUUUCAAAUGAUGCAGGUAGCAAGACUUAAUCUCUAAAAUAUACAAGCAACUUGUACAACUCAACAGCAAAAAGCCAACAGCCCAACUGAAACAUGAGCGAAAGACCUGAAGAGACAUUUCUCCAGGGAAGAUACACAGACGAGCAACAGACACAUGAAAAACGCUCGCCGUCCCCGACUCUUAGAGCAGUGAAAUCAAGACGACUGCGAGGACCAGCUCCCACCCCAGCCAGAGCGGCCGUCGUGCGUCAGUCCCCAGACAGCAAGUGCUGGAGGGGCCGUGGAGAAGAGGGACCCUCCUGCUCUGUUGGCGGGAGUGGAAGCCGGUUCAACCACUGUGGAGAACAGCACGGAGGCGCCUUAGAAAACUGUACGUGGACCCGCCACGUGGCCCAGCCGUCCCACUCGGGCACAUACCCAGACGAAACUUCCCUUGAAAAAGACCCACGCGCCCGUAUGUCCACCGCAGCGCUAUUCGCCACAGCCAAGACCUGGAAGCAAGCCACACAUCCAUCGACAGAUGAACGGAUAAAGAAGAUGUGGUACAAACACACAAUGGAAUACGGCUCAGCCAUCAAAAAGAACGAGCUAAUGCCAUUUGCAGCAACAUGAUGGAACUAGACUCUCAUACGGAGUGAAGUCAGUCGGAAAGAGAAAGGCAAACACCAUAUGAUGUCACUCAUGUCUGGACUCUAGUACGUGGCACAGGUGAACCUUUCCAGAAAAGAAAGCCGGGGACUCGGAGAACAGGCUUGCGGUUGCCGGGGGGGAGGGGGAGGGCGGACUGGGAAUCUGGGGUAUUCGGAGAUGCAAACUAUGGCCUUUGGAACGACAAGCAAUGAGAUCCUGCUGUGCAGCACUGGGCGCUCUACCCGGUCACUUGUGACAGCGCAGGAUAAUGUGAGAAAAAAGAAUGUGUCUGUGUGUGUGUGUGACAGGGUCACCUCGCCGUACGGUAGACAAUUGACAGAACACUGUAAACAAACUAUAAUGGAAAAAAAUGAACAUCUUUAAAAUAAAUAAAGAAAAGGGUCACCCUAGAGCUCGUGGGGCCUGCUGAGCUGUGGGCCCUCCUGUGGCUCCCAGGCCCGCGGGGGUUAGCGUGGUUGUGCCCACGGUCCUGCUCCCACGUGGCAGCCUUGUGCCCGGUGCCCGCAGCAUGAUGGCCAGCACCACGACCCCACUGUCCUCAGCCCCUGUGCUGCUGCGCCUCAGGGUCAAGGCUAGAGAGGCACCUGGAGGUUCCAUGGGGCAGGGGUGUCAGGCUGAGACCCCAGCAAGUCACAAAGGACCCAAAGCCCGGGACCCAGGAAGGCCAGGUGGGGGAGGACCCUGAGCCAGAAAGGGCAGGGCCCGGCGGACAGCCUGGGGCAGGAGGAAGGCGGGCCAGGGUCCCAGGACAGCGGCGUUCCCGGGGUUCCGAGUCCUGGGCCGGGGCCUCCCACGGGAGGGGCCCUCACAGAGAUGUGAGCCCAGGGAGGUGGGGGCUUCAUGGGGGCUGGGGGCUCUGCGCAAGGCUGGCCAGAGGCAAGGCGAGGGCGAGCCGGGCCAGCGCCGCAGAUGUGGGGCCCUGGCAGUCCCUCCCUUGGUGGAGACUGUGCUGGAGGAACAGCCGCUGCAGGAGCAGAAGAGGCCGCUGCGAGGCGGGCACUCGGGGGCCGCAGCGGGGGCCCGAGACGCACCCUUGCCUCCCCCAGGUCUUCAUGGUCGGGCUUCCUUUCCAUCGGAUCCUGUUCGCGCCGUGUCUUCCCGCGGAGCGCCCCCUGCACCCGCCCCCGGCACGGAGCCGCCAGGAAGAGGCAUUGGGCCCCUCAUCCUCAGACCCUCGUGCUCCGCGUCCUGCGUCUGGGUGUCGUGGGGGGUCCGCCCUCACCCGCCGGUGCCCAGGGCGUUUGGGACCCUUCGCGGAGGCGAGCGCCUCGCUGUCUCCAGAGACCGGGCCGGGACCAGCCGGCAGAAAGUGGGCUUUCAGCCGCAGAUCCCCAAGGCCGGUCAUGCAAGCUGGGGACUCAUUUUCACUUGCUGGAUACGGGCUUUGAAGGUGAAAGAAAGGGCUCCGACCAGCCCCCGCUGCCGGCUUCCUGCUUCCCAACUGCGGCAACUGCGAAGCCAACUGCCCCCCCGCAGGUGGAGCCUGGACCCGCCCGGUGCUAUAGGCUGAUGGGGGGGGGGGGGGGCAGCAGGCGCGGCUGGGGAGGGGCCGCAGGAGGAGGACCUUUCACACACACACACACACACACACACACCCCGGUGGGAUGGACGGAGGGUUUGGAGGAGUUUUCUUUUCAGACGAAGAGGAAAUUCUUGGAAUUCCUGGGUGGUAAAUCCAGGUCCCUGCUUCGUGCUCAGGGAGCCGCAGAGCCGGCCUGCACAUGGCGGGAGACCCAGGGCCUCCCUUACUCCCAGCGGUGCCUCCUCGGACCCCCAGGUCCCCGGGGGUCUGGCUGGAACGGGAGGCCCCCAGCGGGUCGGGUCCUGCAGCCCGAACAUCCAGAGCCCUCAUACCCUUGGCCGGGCUCCCACCAGGCUGCAGACUCCAGGCCCUCCCGCCGUCUGUGCGUCAGUGUCCAAACCCCAGGGGAGGCCCCAGAGAGGGACGGCCACCGCUGCAGACGUGCCGCCAGCUCUGCGUCACGGGAACCACAGGUCACCCUGUGCCAGGGACGCGACCAGGACGCAGGCGAGCUCCCUGGAUGCUGCCCACCCGGACACCGGGCAUCAGGCUGCACACACGUCUGCACACGCACACACACGCCCAGGCUUGGUUUUCAAGUGCAGCGGUUCUCAUUCUGCUUCAUCUGACGUUUCUUUCUGGCCAGAGCACAUGUUCCAGACAGAAAACCCCAUAUGUGUGCUUCUGGGGCCUCGAGGGUCAGCACCCCUAGCUGGCGGCGUGUACAGUGAGGGUGCACUGCCACGCGUCAGCCCAGCUCCCUUUGCCUCCCUGGCGCGCAGUCAAGUCCUCUGCCGGGUCCCCGCAGCCGUGGUGCACACGCACACAGGCUUCAGGAGAGCACGAGUCGCUUGUGUCCCUGAGGAAGUCCAGCACCCGGGCAGGAAGGGCUCAGAACCGAGGGGGCAGCGGCCUGAGCGCCUCCGCCCCCUCCGCGUGCUCAAGGCUUUUGCUCUUAAGCUUCCAAACUGUCAGAGGACGAUGCUUUUGUAAAGGCAGCAAAGAGAAGAAUUACCAGAAGAUGAAAUUUUAAAAGGCAUGAAACACAAGCCUGGAGUUCCCAUCGUGGCGCAGUGGUUAACGAAU